ACAGUUGACAGGCCGAAGGAUUGGUACAAGACAAUGUUCAAGCAAAUCCAUAUGGUUCAUAAGCCUGAUGACGACACAGACUUUUAUAAUACUGCAUAUGCAUACGGUACUGGUAGCUACAGUCCAUCCUUCUCUGCUCAGGCACAUCCAGCUGCAAAGACACAGACAUACAGACCGUUGUCUAAAAGUGCUUCUGACAGUAGCUCUGAUGCCUUUAAGGUCUCGUCCCCUUUACCACCCCACGUGCCACCUCCAGUACCACCACAUCGUCUGAGGGAAAGGUCUACACCAGAAAAAAAUGACUGGGAUCCUCCUGACAGAAAAGUAGAUACUCGCAAGUUCCGUUCUGAACCAAGAAGUAUAUUUGAAUAUGAGCCGGGAAAGUCUUCAAUCCUUGAACAUGAAAGACCGCCACCUAAAAAGAUUUUGGACUAUUUUCAAGACAGUUCUCCUGGUGUUUCCAAUGAGACUUCCUUAUAUCAUCACUAUUCAACAGACAGAGGCCUGGACAGGCCCUCUAGUUGUGCAAGUACUGCGAGUGACUACAGAAAGCGAAGGAAGUCAGAACCUGCUGUAAGUCAUCAGAGGGCACACAGUGAUCAGAAUGCAAACAGACCUAACCUGGGCCGUACAGAUACUCAAGCCCCAUGUACCACCCUUAGAAAGCCUUUAACUAGCUCAUCUCCUUCUUCUCCAUCAAGAGCAAAAGGUGGGGAUAUUAGCAAAGUAUAUCCAUCCCUUAUAAAUUAUUCAGUGCACAACCACAACACCUCAAAUGAAUUAGAUUACUGUAGCACUUACAGGCAACAUUUAGCUGUUCCAAGUGAUUCAAGAAGGGCAAUCAGCUACAAAAAUGGCUGGCAAAUGACUCGUCAAAAUGCAGAAGUCUGGAGCAGCACAGAGGAAACUGCUUCUCCAAAGAGAAAAUCUCGUAGCUGUGAUGAUCUGCUAACAGAUGAUCAUGAUAGCUUUCCUGAUGCACAGGCCAAGGCUGAAAGCAUGGGCUCUCUGUUGUGUGAGGAGGACUCCAAAGAUGUUUCCUCAAUGAACUGGACCUCCCCAUAUGCUGAGGGCCGUGGUAGUGGUAGGUCAAGAGUUCGUCACAGAUCUGCCCAUGAUGCUCCAGGUUUCCUAAAAAUGUACAAAAAGAUGCACCGCAUCAACCGCAAGGACUUGAUGAAUUCUGAGGUGAUCUGUUCUGUAAAGUCCAGAAUACUGCAGUAUGAAAAAGAACAGCACAAAGGUAUUCUUCAAGGCUGGAGAGAGUCUUCUACUGAGGAGGUGCCCAGAGACAUGGUGCCAACCAGAAUAUCUGAAUUUGAAAAAUUAAUUCAGAAGUCAAAAUCUAUGCCGAACCUUGGUGACGAAAUGUUGUCAACUGUUACGCUAGAGCCUCCUAAAAAUGGCUUGUGUCCAAAGAGGAGAUUCUCUAUUGAAUCCUUGCUGGAAGAAGAAACUCCAGUUAGACAUCCCUCUCAGGUACAAAGAAGCUACAAGUCUAAAACCGUGGUGCCAAUUCAUAUUGAAGUGACCAGUGAUGAGCCACAACGAUCACAUAUAGAUUUUUCAGACAGUGAUCAAGAUGGAGUGGUUUCUGACCUCAGUGACUUUAUCCAGAUAGAGGGUUCAUCCUUUUGUAGUGAAAGUGACUUUGACCACUUUUCCUUCACAUCAUCUGAAAGCUUUUAUGGAUCAGGCCAUCACCACCACCACCAUCACCACCACCACCGGCAUCUCAUCAGCUCCUGCAAAGGGCGAUGCCCAGCAUCUUACACCCGCUUCACCACCAUGUUAAAACAUGAAAGGGCUAAGCAAGAAACCACUGAAGAUCCAAGGAGACAGGAAGCAGAAUCUGGCCUCUCUAAGAUAGCAUUCCUAGUCAGCCCAGUGCCUUUCCGGAGGAAAAAAAGUGCAGCUCCUAAAAAACAAACUGAAAAGAAAAAAAGCAAGUCAUCUGUAUUUGAAGCACUAGAUUCUGCACUUAAAGACAUCUGUGACCAAAUUAAAGCUGAAAAAAGAAGGGGAAGCUUGCCCGAUAACAGUAUAUUACACAGACUUAUUACUGAGCUGCUUCCAGACAUUCCAGAAAGGAAUUCAUCUCUUAGAGCUCUGAAAAAGAGUCCCAUGCACCAGCCUUUUCAUCCACUGCCUCAAGAUGGUGCUAUCCAUUAUCCACUGUACCAGAAUGAUUGUGGAAGAUUACCUCUUAGUGCCUCUUUUCCAGACAUGGAUGCAACUAACAACAAUGAUAGUGCACUGUGUUUCCAAGACCAGGAGUCUCCUGGAAGCUAUUCUUCUGCUUUCACUGAUAUGGGACGAUGUACUCCAAGGGAGAGAAGAGGAACUACAGACAAAGAGAAACUGCCAGCUAGAGCUGUAUAUGACUUUAAAGCUCAGACUGCUAAAGAGCUGUCCUUUAAGAAAGGAGACACUGUCUAUAUCCUCAGGAAAAUUGAUCAAAACUGGUAUGAGGGUGAGCACCAUGGAAGAGUUGGAAUAUUCCCGAUUUCUUAUGUUGAGAAACUUUCUCCCCCAGAAAAAGCACAGCCUGCCAGGCCACCUCCCCCUGCACAGAUUGGAGAGAUUGGAGAAGCUGUUGCCAAAUAUAAUUUCAGUGCAGACACAAAUGUGGAGUUAUCGCUUAGAAAGGGAGACAGAGUAAUUCUUCUGAAGCGAGUUGAUCAAAACUGGUAUGAGGGUAAAAUACCAGGAACCAACAGACAAGGCAUCUUCCCUGUUUCCUAUGUAGAAGUCGUCAAAAAGAAUGCAUCAAAAAAUGUUGAUGACUACCCUGAUCCUCCAAUACCCCAAAGCUAUUCUAGUGACAGAAUACACAAUUUAAGUUCAACUAAGCCACAGCGCCCUGUGCUUUCUCAUGAAAACAUUCACAGUGGGGGGGAACCGUUUCAGGCUCUAUAUAACUAUACUCCUAGGAACGAAGAUGAAUUGGAGCUCAGAGAGGGAGAUGUCAUUGAUGUGAUGGAAAAAUGUGAUGAUGGAUGGUUUGUGGGAACCUCAAGAAGAACCAAAUUCUUUGGUACUUUCCCUGGAAACUAUGUCAAGAGGCUGUGAAAUUUUUUUUCUACUUAUUUAUGCUGCAUCUCUGCAAUACAUCUGCAUAAAGCUGCUAGAAAACAUGCUAUGCUGGCCUUCUGUUUUCUUGCUUGCAGUCUCUAUUUACUAGAGGCCAUCUAGUUCAUCCUCAUCCCAUCCCACCUGCCAAACCGUUCCAGCAGUAUUACAGCAACGACCACACUGUGAAUAACUGAGCUUUCCUGAAACAAGAGGAAACAUUUCAACAUUUAAACACUCCCUGCUUUAAAGUCUUUUCAUGUGAAACACACUAGGAAAAGCCUGAUGACAGGUACACAGAUGAAUUGCCACUCGGGGCGGGAAGGGGAGCAGGGAGAAACUCUUCUUGGUUUGAACAUUUGUGGUACUACCAUGAAGUCUGGUGGGAUUUUUUUCAGCAUGCAUGUAAUACAGGGGAAGGUUGCUGUUUACUAUUU